AUUUAGUCGGAUAACAAUAAACUGCGAUAGACCGACCCUUUUAGCUCGGCGUUGUGAAUUGGCGGGAGCUUAGUGUGACCCUUCUCCUCAAUAUCACCGUGGGUCGGCGUAAUCCGAGUCACUGAGUUGACUCGCUGCACCGAGUUGAAGCUCGCUACGUUGUUCCUAGUUCUCCAUGGAGAUUUCCUCCGCCGAAUCGUUGUCCAUCUCUGGCGCAACCGCCUCUGAGGUCGUCUCGGAGCCUUCGGUAUCUUCUUCGUCAUCCUCCUCGCGCCUGUCUGCUUCGUCGCCGAAUCAGGCCUCUUCCACCGCUUUCUCCACCAUGGAUCACGCAUUUGCUACGGUGGCAGUUGAAGAUGAGGAGGACUUGUGCAGGAUUUGCAGAAUUCCUGGGGAUACGGACAAUCCGCUUCGGUAUCCGUGCACCUGCCGCGGGAGCAUCAAAUUUGUUCACCAGGAUUGCCUCCUUCAGUGGCUUAAUCACUGCAAAGCUCGUCACUGCGAGGUUUGCAAACAUCCUUUUUCAUUCUCCCCAGUGUAUGCUGAAAAUGCUCCAACAAGGCUCCCUUUCCAGGAGUUUGUAGUUGCCAUUGCCACGAAACUUUUCGGUGUUUUACACUUCUUUCUGCGGUUGAGCUUCCUGAUUUCGGCCUGGUUUAUCACUAUUCCUUAUAUCACAUUUUGGGUAUGGCGAUUGGCUUUUGUACGGAGUUUUGGUGAAGCUCAGCGGUUGUUCUUAAGUCACAUCUCCACCACAGUAAUUCUCACUGAUUGUUUGCAUGGGUUCUUACUGUCGGCAACAAUUUACUUCUUUUACUUUGGAGUAAUUAUACUAAAGGUGAUCUUUAGGCGUUUGCGAGAGCUAAGGGGGCAAGAAGAGAGAGACGAUGAAGUGGACAGAAAUGGUGCUCGUGCUGUCAGAAGACCUGCUGGACAGGCUAAUAGGAAUCUUGCGGGAGAGGAGAAUUGCGAAGAUGCUGGGGAUCAGGGUGCUGCGGUUGGUCAGAUUGUUAAUAGGAACCCUGAAAAUGUUCUUGAAAGGUUGGGCAUACAAGCAGUUCGUAUCGAGGCUCAGGUUGAACAGAGUUUUCAUGGUUUGGACGACGCUGAUGGUGAAGAAGAAGCUGUAUCAUCCCUCCUUAAACAGUUCUCGGCAGCAAUGAGGCAUCUGAUGACUAUGCUCAAAGCUACCUGUUUUUAUGUCUACUUCUUAGGGGUCUUCCCUCUGAUGUGUGGGUGGUCGCUAGAUAUUUGCACGGUUGGGAUGUUUGGUAAAACAAUGUCCCACAGAGUACAGUUUUUAUCAACUUCUCCAUUGGUAAGCUCACUUCUUCAUUGGGUUGUUGGAUUCAUGUACCUCAUGUUUACAAUGAUCUUCGAAAGCCUUCUUCGAGAGGUUCUUCGACCUGGAGUUUUGUAUUUCCUUGAUUAUCUUGAAGAUCCUAAUGUCGAUCCGUUCCAAGAUAUGAUUGAUGAUCCAGUACACAAGCAAGCUCGGAAGGUUCUGUUAGAAACUGCAGUGUAUGGAAGUUUGAUUGUCAUGCUGGUAUUUUUGCCAGUCAAACUUGCGAUCCGGAUGGCUCCUUCAAUCUUUCCACUCGACAUAUCUGUAUCCGACCCAUUCACUGAGAUUCCAGCCGACAUGCUUCUGUUACAAAUAUGCAUACCAUUUGUUAUCAAACAUUUCAGAUUCCAGACCUCAAUUAAGUCCCUUCUACGUUACUGGUUCACUGGUGUUGGUUGGGCGCUUGGUUUGACAGACUUCCUCUUGCCAAGACCAGAGGACAACAUUGGUCAGGACAAUGGAAACGGUGAACCAGGAAGGCAGAACAGAGUACAAGUAUUGCAGGUCGGUAGACCAGAUAGGCCCAUGGCUGUUCUUCCAGCAGCUGGUGACCCUAACAGAAGUCGCCUAUGUGCUGGGAGUGUCAACACGGGUGAGGAAUAUGAAGAUGAUGAAAAACAAUCUGAUUCAGACAGGUACAACUUUGUGGUCCGGAUAAUCCUCCUACUUGUUGCAUGGGUGACUCUUCUUCUCUUCAAUUCGGCAUUGAUAGUUGUACCAGUUUCGGUUGGACGUACUCUAUUCAGUGUCAUCCCAAUUCUCCCAACAACUCAUGGCAUCAAAUGCAAUGACCUGUAUGCUUUUGUCAUUGGCACAUAUGCCUUGUGGACUACCAUAUCUGGGGCCACGUACGCUAUUGAGCAUGUCAAGUCGAAGAGGACUUCAGUCUUGCUUAACCAAAUAUGGAAAUGGUGUGAGAUUGUUUCCAAGAGCUCGGUGCUGUUAGCCAUAUGGGUUUUUAUCAUUCCGGUGCUAAUUGGACUUCUGUUUGAGCUUUUGGUUAUUGUCCCAAUGAGAGUCCCAGUUGAUGAAAGCCCUGUCUUCCUCCUGUACCAAGACUGGGCUCUUGGGCUCAUCUUUUUGAAGAUCUGGACUAGACUGGUAAUGCUGGACCAUAUGCUUCCUAUAGUGGAUGAUAGCUGGAGAGCAAAGUUUGAGAGGGUAAGAGAAGAUGGCUUCACAAGGCUUCAAGGGUUAUGGGUACUUGGAGAGAUUGUGUUCCCGAUUGUGAUGAAACUCCUAACAGCUUUAUGCGUGCCUUAUGUCCUGGCGAGAGGCGUGUUUCCAAUGCUCGGCUAUCCGCUAGUAGUGAACUCGGCGGUCUACAGAUUCACAUGGAUAGGCUGUCUCUCGGUGAUCUUCUUCUGCUUCUGGUUCAGAAACCUUCACAACUCCAUCCGUGAUGACCGUUAUCUCAUUGGUCGGAGACUCCAUAACUUUGGGGAAUCUGCUUUGGCUAAUCAAAACCAGAAGUGAGGAUGCAGGAGGUGGUGUCUUGAUAGGACGUGAGGGAGAUGGUUAUAAUUGAAUUAGGUUCAGAGCCUCAGACGUGCAAUCCAACAAGAAGUUUAGACAGAGAAAAUAGUCAUUUGUCAAACUUAAUCGGAAACUGUUCACUGAGAGUCGUUUUGACUUACGCUUGGAAAGAUUUAUUAGUCUAUGUGUAUCCGUUGAUCCUUUUUUUCCUUUCUGUGUAUAUUCCUUGUGUGUUUGUUUUGUUAUUCUUUUGGAAAAGAUUGGGUAUUGGAAAAUCUCUCCCUCAUUUUUAUGUU